CCAUCAUCCACUAAGUCACACAGGUUCCAACCUAAAACGAAAAUGUUCAAAUUCACCACCUCAGCAAUCGUCCUCAUCGCCCUGGUCAGUGUGGCCUUGGCUGACGUCGAAGAACCAGCAGGCAUCGAAUACACACUGAAUGUCGUCCAAGACAUCGACGCUUACAAAGCAGCCCAUCCGGAGCUGGACGUCGUCCCAUUGGAAGCCUCCCGAAAUGCUCGUCAGCAGAUUGUCUACACUCUUGGAAACCGAGUGUCUGGUGAUCGAUUGGUAGCAACCAAUCAGGAUGGCCAAUCGUGGUCCACUCUGCAGGAUGUGUCGUUGGACUUGAGCUAUCCCCAGUCCGGAGUGGGAGCCGUCGUUAGCUACGUGCAGGUGGUGGUGAAUCAGAGUUCGAAUCAGGGACGCGGCUAUGUGGUUUCCGGAGGAAUUGGGCAGCGCUAUAUUCGGCUGGUGAUUGAAGCGUACAGCACUAGCUACUUCAACUUCAAUGCUCAGAUUUAUGGACGUUAACUUGGGAAUUGGUCAUGAUUUUGAUUUAUGAUAUGUGAUACGGUAUUUGGGAAAGUUGUGAAAAUAAAGCAAUUGACAUUAGUUAUCAAAGGCAAAGCUUUUUCAUGAACCCUCCAGAUCCUGUAUAGAUAAGGCUGAAUUUGGUCAAUUGUAUAAGGAAUAUCCCAGUGAAAGUGAAGCUGCUUUGCACCUGCUGUUGUCUACAUUACAAUUUUAUAGUUUUAAAUCUUCUUAUUAUUUUCUUUUUUCAACAGUCAUUUCUUUUGUAUUUUUUUCUUUGUCAAAUGUUAAUCUAGUCAAGGUAGAUUGAGAAUAUAAAUGGCAAGUCACUAAAUGAAUGGAGAUGACAUUUCCUAAAACUGCGAUUUAGUUCUUUUUA